GGUUAGUCCCUCCCUCAUCGCAUCUGCCACCGAUCCCAUUUCCGAAGGCUCAACCAAAAACCCUUGGUUUUUUGAUCCUCUUUCCCUUUCUCCUAUCAAUCAACAGCCCACCCACUUACCUAUCAUCUGCCCCUUGAUUACCCACCUUUCCUCUCAGAUCGAUGGAUUUCUUCUCCUCCGGCCGACGAUUCACUCUCAUUGGAAAAAGAUUCUCCAGCUUUGCUUAUUCUGCAUGUAAUUUAGUCUUGUUAUGGCACAACCAUCAGAUUAAGGGGCAUGGCCAGAUUUAUGCACACUUAAUUUGGCAUUAUUAACUUGGGGGAUUCUCACUUAAUCAGAACAGUGAGUGUUAGACUUGUCACCUGAAUUUUGGCUGUUCAAGAUGAAUGGUUCUUCUUCCAAUGAAGGAAAAUCAUUGAACGGAAACCCGAAGCAGAUUGAGGUUUUUGAGCUUCUGAAUUCAAAAAAUGGACCAAAACACUGCACUUUAACUCCAUGGAGGGUAUUCAGGGGUGUUCUAUGUUUGGUGAUAUUGCUUUCAACUGCGUUUAUGAUGUUAAUAUAUUGGGCCCCUGUGGUUUGUCUCUUAUUGCGUCUUUUUAGUGUACAUUACAGCAGGAAGGCAACAUCCAUCCUAUUUGGAACAUGGCUAUCUUUGUGGCCUUUUUUGUUCGAGAAAAUUAAUAAGACAAAGGUGGUUUUUUCUGGUGAAAAUGUUCCUGAAAAGGAGCGAGUAUUGCUCUUUGCUAACCACAGAACAGAAGUUGAUUGGAUGUAUUUGUGGGAUCUUGCAUUGAGAAAGGGUCGCUUGGGAUAUAUCAAGUAUAUACUUAAGAGCAGUCUGAUGAAAUUGCCUAUAUUUAGCUGGGGAUUUCACAUUUUAGAGUUCAUUCCAGUAGAGAGAAAGUGGGAAGUUGAUGAAGCAAUCAUGCGGAAAAAGCUUUCAGCUUUCAAAGAUCCCCAAGAUCCACUCUGGCUUGCGGUUUUUCCAGAGGGCACAGACUAUACUGAACAGAAGUGCAUCAAAAGCCAGCAAUUCGCAGCUGAGAAUGGCUUACCAAUCCUCAGAAAUGUGCUUCUUCCCAAAACAAAGGGAUUCAAUUCUUGUUUGGAAUCUCUCAGGAACUCCUUAGAUGCAGUUUACGAUAUCACCAUCGGUUAUAAACACCGUUGUCCACUUUUUAUUGACAAUGUGUUUGGUGUGGAUCCUUCCGAAGUCCAUAUGCAUGUCCAACGCAUCCUGCCUCGUGAAAUCCCAACAUCUGAAAAUGAGGUAACUGCAUGGUUGAUGGAGAGGUUCAGGCUCAAGGACCAACUCCUCUCUGAUUUUCUCACUCUAGGGUAUUUUCCUCAUCAAGGAACCGAAGGAGAUCUAUCGACACCAACAUGCCUGGUGAAAUGUUUUGUGGUAGUUACUUUGACUAUCGUAUUCAUAUACCUUACACUCUUCUCAUCUGUUCUGUUCAAAAUUUAUGUAUCAUUAAGCUUUACUUAUCUUUCAUUUAUAACCUACUUUGGUAUACAACCGCAACCAGUAUUAGGUUAUGUGAAGGGCUUAUUCUGUGGCAAGAAAGCAUGCUAGAUCAGAUCAUGUAACUUUAUCUGAUUAUUUGUGUUUCAACCAGAAAAUGUUAUUUCGGUGCUACUAGGUUGGUGAAGUAAUUUCUUUGUAUUACUGGUGUCAUUAUGUUGCAGCACCAAAUUUGUUGACUUUAUCAAUGCAGAGUAACCUUUUUUAAAAA